AUGACCGUCAAAGAUGCCAUUGUGACGAUCCAAGAUGCCAUCUCCGACUACCAGGAUAAACAGUCAACGCGUCAUGCCCAGGGCAGUAUCGAGAUGGUGUGGCAAUCCUCAAGUCCCAUAGACAGAGGUCUAUAUCCACCCCAGAGACAGUUAUCCGACAGCGACUCCGACGAUGAAGGGUUGACACAGCUCGGUCUAAAAUGGCGGCGGCUAAGAAAGAACGUCCUUCUUCGGUACAUCAUCUACAUCGUCCCCGUAGCCAUUCUUUUGGCUAUUCCUAUUGUUCUCUGCGCCACGGUGUACAAGGACAAGAUGAUCCAUUCCAAUUUCAAGACAACAUCCACAACCCCAAUCCUUACCUCGAACGUCACGCAAAUCGACCCUCUGGACGGCAAUAGUAACAGCGAUAUCACAUCACUUUACAACAACACGAUUUCAACCGUCUAUGAGACCACAAGCAAGGACGAACCUGGCGGAAUUCAUCUCUUGGGGCUCUUUAUCUGGAUCGAAGUUGUUUGGGUCUUGUUAUGGAUCGCCAAACUCUUGGCCCAGACUGUUCCCAUUGUGUUCCAGACAGUUGGUGGAGCAAUUCAUACCGGAAUCCGCAAGUACUGGCUGGUUCUCAAGGCUGUGGAAAUCCCGUUGUCACUCUUCUUCUGGACCAUUCUGUCGAUUGCCUCUUACUCGCUCAUUUACGUGUUUGACAAAGAAUUCCACAAGGCACACGCAGGCAAUAUCAAAUGGCUCAGUACGCUACACAACGUGCUCAAAGCUACCACUGGCGUCUCAGCACUCUACUUGGUCGAGAAAAUGCUCAUCCAGAUGGUCAGCGUCAACUACCAUGGCAAACAGUUCUACGACAACAUCAAAGAGCUCAAGACUCUCAGCCGAGCGAUCGAAACCAUGUACGAUGUCUCGCGGCAACGAUAUCAUGACAACCAUCCAUCGUUCGUGGAGGAAGACCUUGAUAUUUGGGACACCAAGGGCUACCGAAAGGACAGGCUCGGCCGAUUGAAGACCAAGGACCAGUCUACGGCAGUCUUCAUGACCAAUCUAGGAAACGCAGCGGCGAGUGCCACGUCCGUGCUCGGGUACCUGGUCAGCGACAUCGCCGGAAGACAAGUCCUCAUGCCCACUGCUUCUGGCCCGGUAGUGGAGGCAGCGCUCGAACGGCCCAUCAGCUCCGAAGCUCUGGCCCGACGUAUCUGGAAUUCGUUUACCAACUUCGGAGAGACCAAAUUGGAUCAAGCCGCCAUUACCGUCAUGCUCGGGCCUGGGCGUGAAGCUCAGGCUGCCUAUAUCCACUCCAAAGUCGAUGCCGAUGAGAACGGCGACCUCACCCUGGAAGAGAUGAUCGAACUUGUGAAGAAGGUCGCGAACGACAGAAAGACAAUCUGGGAAGGGGCCAACGAUGUCAAAGACGCCAUCAAGGUCCUCGACCGUGUCUUGGCUGUCAUCGUCUUGAUCUUUGUCUUCCUCAUCUACGCCGCUUUCUUCUCGAACUACCUUGCCAGUCACUACACCCAAAUCUGGACCACCUUCACUGGUUGUUCUUUCCUGUUCGCCAGUACAGCAGGUGAGCUGUUUGCCGCCUGUAUCACCGUCUUCAUCAAACACCCCUACGAUGUAGGGGACCGCAUCAACGUCAGCGAUGUCGAAAUGGACGUCGUGAAGAUCUCGCUUCUGUAUUCCGUAUUCAGGGAGGUGCAGUCAAAACAGAUGAUCCAGAUUCCCAACAGCGUUAUCAACGGCGUCUGGAUCAAGAACCUCACGAGGUCCAAGGAGCUCAGAGAGCAAAUCACCCUCAACGUGUCGGUGGGGACCUCGUUCGAGGACAUUGAGACUCUGCGUGGCGAGAUGCUCAAAUACGUCGCUGAACACAAACGGGAUUUUAUGCCGGCGGUCGACAUCCAAUUGAUGUCGAUUGCGGACCUGUCAAAGCUUGAACUCCGCGUCGAGUUCCAGCAUAAGGGCAACUACGCCUCUGAAUUCGUCCGAGCACAGCAUCGCAGCAGGUUCGUCUGUGCCUUAUUGUCGGCGGUGCGAAAGGUCCCCAUUGACGGCCCAGGCGGUGGCGGGCCAGCUGCUGGAUCGAUGGAAUCGCCAAGCUACACCGUAGCCAUCACAAACGACAUGGCCAAGGCGGCCAAGGCACAGUUCGACGACAACAAGGACAAGAAGAGGAUGGUCCCCAAGAACAACCCUGUUGCCAGUGAGAUAGGUGUGGCUGUUGGAGGACCCGUAGGCAGUACGGGUCUCCAGGUCUUGCCCAGCACAGCGCGAAACCGGACCGGCGGAGGUCCUCGAGGCUCAGACGACUUUACCAAUGUUUCUUUACAUCUGUGA